GCCUAUUUAAUAAAAAGUCCCCUCUUUUCUCUUCAUCGUCUCCGACCUCUCUCUCUCUUUCAGUCUCAGUCGCUCUCUUUCACUCUCAGCCUUUCUCGCUUUGUCUCUUCUCCUCUGUGCCAUCUCCCACUCGUUCUCUCUGCUUAUGCCCCUCUCCCAGCCUCCAGCCUCCGACAACAGCAGGAUUUGUAUCUGAUAAUUUUGGUGAUGUUAGGGUUCAGAAAUCUACCCAAUUUACAAUGUGUACAGAUCUGGGAUCAGAUGCUCAACUGCUCAUCUAAAAUAUAGAAGUUCAAGAUUUUUAAGAAUCUUGUGCAAGUCAAAUGUUUGAUUUAAAGUCGCAAAUGUCAGAUGUUAGUUACAAACCAUUGGCAAUUUGUUAUCACAGGUUAAAUCUCCUUUACUCUUCUCUAGCUUUCCUUGUGCACCAGACUUCUCUCUCUCUCUCUCUGAAAUAUUGAGAAGGGCACUCCGCUCCUGCUAAAUAGGAGUUUAAGGCAUGACAAAAGCCAGAGAUAGAACUGAGGAUUUUAAGGAUGCUGCACGCCGAGCAGCACUAAAUUUGGGAUAUGAUGAGUCGAAAAUUGCAGCGAUAAUGGCGUCUUUUAUCAUGCAUAAGUCACUAGAAAGAUCAAUGUUCACCAAAGCUACACUGACAACGCUUGAAAGUAUUAGAGCAUUAGAGCAGUUCCUCUUGAAGCAUAAAAAGGAUUACGUAGAUGUACACCGAAUUACUGAAAAAGAGAGGGAUAGCAUCGAGCAUGAGGUUACAGUUUUCAUAAAAGCCUGCAAAGAGCAAAUAGAUGUACUCAAGAAUAGCAUAAAUAACGAGGAAGAAAAUUCAAAGGGAUGGCUUGGUAUAAGGAGUGACAGUUCGAAUGCUGAUACCAUAGCUCACAAACAUGGAGUGGUAUUGAUCUUAAGCGAAAAACUUCACUCGGUAACAUCCCAGUUUGAUAAGCUUCGAGCUGUACGCUUUCGAGAAGCUAUCAACAGGGUGACACCAAGAAGAAAAGUAAAGCAGAAAGGCUCUACUGUUGCAGAGAGCUCAACUUCUGGAAAUAUUGAGUCGUCGAGGGAAGUAAGCAAUGCAGAAACGAGGCAGAAAGAUGAUGGUCAAGCAGAGCCAAUUAGAUUCCAGCAACAGUACUUAGAUGAUGAGACACAUGCCCUUCAGGUAGAGUUAGCUACGAUGUUAGACGCUGUUCAGGAUACAGAGACGAAGAUGGUGGAAAUGUCUGCACUGAACCACCUCAUGUCGACUCAUGUUUUGCAACAGGCCCAACAGAUCGAAUUUUUGUACGAGCAGGCAGUUGAGGCUACAAAUAAUGUGGUGCUUGGGAAUAAAGAGCUGUCACAAGCCAUCCAAAGGAAUAGCAGUAGCAGAACAUUUCUUUUGCUCUUUUUAUUUGUCCUUACCUUUUCAGUUCUCUUUCUUGAUUGGUAUAGCUGAUUUACAUUUUUUUUAUAUUUCAAAUGGUAUGGCUGAAUUAGACACCA